AUCAGUCAGAACUCCUCUGCUGCUGACCACCUCAUUGGCCUCUUUAUAUAACCGAUUACCUUUCAGGGAAUCUGACGGAAGUACCACUUAUCUCGAACUUGCAUUAAGCUGCAAUUAGUUAAAAAUGGACAGGUUUUCUACCUUGAUAGUGUUUUCGUUCGUUGUCACAAGCUCUUUCUCGCAGCUCUCUCAGUCACAGACUGAGACAAUACCUUUUGCCAAAGGUGUGGCACUGGAAGGUCAAAGAAAAUUGCUUAACAUAAUUAACGACCGAAGCUUGACUCACGGGCAAUUCGAUGAUGCAAUGACGGAAUGGGCGCGACAGAAUGGAGUGGAGGAAUCCUACAAUAACUUCAAAGAUACCAUCAAUUCUCAGAGGAAAACAGCAGAAGAAGAAAUUGAUACUGCGCUGGUAGCGUUGACUUCGGCUAUAAAGGAAAUUCGAGAUAUAGAAAGCAAUGCGAAUUUGACAUGGGACGAGGCAGCUGAGAAGAAAUAUCAGUUAUUUGAACACAUGACGUUUGAGCAGUCCCAACUUCUAGCGUUCAUGCUGUCUCUUUAUGCACCACCAUUUGCAAGGAUGCCGCUGGAACAGCCAAUGCCUGGACCUCGCACGCAAGAACCUUAUGGGGGAUUUGGACUAGGAAACGGAUUCGGACCAGGAAAUGGCUUUGGACCCCGUGGAGGAUUUGGACCCCGCGGAAGAUUUGGACCACGAGGACGUUUUGGAUCAAAUGGCCCGUUCGGCCAAUACGGCGGAUUUGGGCUCCGAGGGUCAAUAUACCCAAUGCACCACUGGCACCAUCACAUCUUCCGAAGAUCAUUUGAUGGUUGGUAAUCUACCUUUCGGCACGUACUGAUGCAAACGGUCAAGCCAUCAGUCCUUUUUUACGCAUGAUAUGUAGCAAAAAAUAAAGAUUGAGAACUCUAUGCUUUACAAAGCGGCAUGAUAAGCAAUGAUGUCCUCUAAGGUUUAUUGUUUCAAUGAAAUGAAAAUUUGGUAGUUGACAUAUACAAGGUGUC